AUGUUUGCUUACAUAAAACAUGAUGAGAACGAGGAUUUCUUGGUCAACACAAGUUGCUCCAUCAUUUGCCUGCUGCAGUAUUUGAGAUUUAAGCUAGGAUUACCUCAGUCAGAGUUAGUAGAUCUGUGUGAUGAAAUGGGGACACUGCUGUUCAUGUUCAGACACCUCCAGGAUUAUGCCAGCCAAAUAUUAACCCCUCGCAACACUUACAUAGUGUGCACCAUCAAUCGUGGUUCUGAUGGAACAUAUGUCUCCAUCACCCCCCAUAAGGAAAAUCCUGACGUGCUUCUACAGGCAGUGCUCCAGAAUCAGUUGGUCAGUCUAGAGCAGACCCGUCGUAAGAACCGUCAUUUUGUGGCGAGACGUAAAACUUCGGUACGGAUUGUGGCUCAGAAACAGCCUGUCAGACCACGUAAUCCCACAAACAGAUGA